AACAACUGUGGAAAUCCUUUAACAAAUCAAAACAAAAGAAACUAACAUUUGCUAGCAAGCUGUGUCACAUCUGCUUUUAUUGUCUCCAAAAUAAAACAAACAACAAAAAUUCCUCUAAUUGUACGUCAAAACUUUGCAAUGUUCAAAGCAAUCUUGAAAGCUAUUUUUGGCUUUGUCCAAUUUGGUGCGAAUCGCUUCCGAGCAUGGAUACCACAAGUGGCAGCGUCUCUAAUACUUUUCGGCUAUCUGGAGGAUGCGCUGCAGAAGAUGCUGCAGCUUCGAAUGCAUGCACAUCAUAUGGCAAUGCUUAUGAAUGGAUGGGAAAUAAUUGGAGUUAUCUACAUGCUGCUCGAUAUCGCCAUAAUUCUGACUGGCACUGCGCUAAUUGCGUGCAGCUGCAACUUCAACGAUGGCAGCGGCAACGGUGUCGCUAUGCUCUGGCUGCAGCGCACGUUGCGAGCACUCGCCUUUGGUAUUUGGGAUUAUGAAUUGUUGCUGCACUAUUGCGUGGAUGUUGGGUGUUUGCUGCUACUGAUGUUGGCAAUGCGGCAGAGUCAACGCCAAGCAACUGCUGUCGACUGCUGGCAACAUGACAGACAACAACAGCGGAGCUUGCAACGUUUGCUCUUGCUCGCACGCAUUGGCAUGUGUUGUGUGUGGCUUUUGUGGAUUGUCGAGCCACAUCAGCUUGCGCUUGAAAGGAAAUUGAAGUUAUCCGAAGCAAGGGGGAAUGUUGUGUGUGGUGUGUUAAAUGCAAGAGGCAACAUGAGGCGCAAGUCAGCAGCCAGCCAAGUGGGCGAGUUAAAAGGGGCAACAGAGCUGUUAAUGAGUUUUGGGCACCAGGCACCAGGCGGUGGGCAGAGGAUGCAUUUAACAAGUAAGACCCAGAGAAAAAAGAGAGCGCAUUGCGAUAACAUUACUGGAUGCACUGACCUUCGCUCUUGACUUAAACCCCAUUUGCAUAAGCGCGACGCCUGGUGGAUGGCGCCCUGGCAAGGAUAUGCGUAUAAUCAUCGUCCUGCGCCUUGUGCUUCUGGUGUGUCUGGUGCUGAGUGUUUGCUGCUGCUGCUGCUGCCUGUGUGUGACGCCGUUUUGCUUUUGUUUAUCCAACUGACGUCGCUGGUUGGCAAGCUUGUCUGCAAUGCGUUUCCUUAAUUAAAAAUCGCCAGCGAUUUAUUGACCUACCCGUUAAACGAACUGACAGCAUGAUAAACAAAUAAAUACACAGCAAUCACAGUCAGCCAAAAAAAAAUAAGGUAUAAAAAGAAGACACACAUAAGGCGAAAGACAAUGCAACUGCAAAUUGGCUGAGACAAUAAAUACUUCAAUGUAAAGUGCUGCAUAAUUAUGCGUACAGGUAAACUGCAAAUGAAAUGCUAUUUAAAUUCCGCUUACUCCCAUUUGCAAUUCGUGUCAUUGAGCAUCAUAAAAAAACCAACAGCUCGUACAUCUUACCAAAAUUAUUCUCCUCAAGGAGCGCGCCCUUUUGGCGCUCAGAGGACCAGCAAAAACCAAAAUGAGAUACUUGUCAUAUGCAAGUAAGUGCAUCCAUGUAAUUUUCUAAAUGAAAACAAGCGACCUAGCCACAAAAAUAAAAAGAAUGUAUUAAAAUGCAGGACAAGACCAAACGAAAAAGCAAAAACAACGGCAGUAAUAAGAGAACAACAAGAUUCUAACCAGAAUGCAAUUUUCACAAGUUGUAUUAAGAAUCAUAAAAGAGGGGAAAAAGAAAAACAUCAAAAUAAAAAAAAUAAAAAUUGUAAGCAAUAUUAAGAAUGUUGCAGCAGAAGAAACAAAGAAACACUCAGACUAAGUGAUACCCUUUAAGCAGAUUUACCAUUUUUUCCUUUACCCUUCUAAUGCAUAAUUAAUAUCGCUCGCACUGGGUAUAAGAAAUUUAAGCGGAAAAUGUGGAAAAUGUUAUUUGCUGUGUCUAGAACAAUUGCUUUAGAGGGUUGGGAUACAUCUUGCCGUUGCAUAAAUUGUUACAAGUUUAUUACAGGGUAAACAGAGAGGAAAAAAAAGCUGAGAAUAAAUAAAACAGCAUGACAAAACCGUUUGCUCAACAACAAGAAAUAUGCAAAUGCAAAUCUCAACUGGCAAGCAGAAGAAGUAAAAAAAAAGAUACAGACACACAGAGCGAGAGAGAGAGAGAGAGAGGUAAAGAGAAAGGUGCAUUUUGUAGGGGCCAAAAGUGGAGGCGUGUCACGUGGCGUAUGAGCAACGACAUUGCGUAUACGUCUGUAUGUAAAUGUGUUUAAUUAAAAUGGUGCAACAAACACACCUGUGUGUGUGUGUGUGUGCGUGCGUUUAACCGUUAGUGCACACUGCAGAGCAACAUUUCGCAUUUGCAUAAGUAAAGUAAAACAAAUACUCGACUCGCACAUGGCUGAAGACAAUGUAAAACCGCAAAAUUCCCCCCUUGGUGAACUGUGGCUCUUUAAGCAAGUCCCCGGAUGAGCAUUUAAAUCUAUUUACCUGCCUUUGAAGGUUGCUCUUGCCACUCAGGUGUUACUUUUGUUACUUCUGCUGCUGCUUCUGCUGCUGCUGCUGCAGAUACGGAUAAGAGUAAUCAAAUAGUCGUAAAGUUCGAGUGUGUAUAAUUAAUUUGGCAAAGCCUGUGAAAACAAACCACAAGAAUAGAAAUUGAGAGCUGACAAAACUUUGGCAAACAUUGAGGUAACUGAGGCAACUAUAAGUCGCAUACUUCUCUAACACUUUACAUUCCCAAAGGCAUUCUCUACUACAU